ACAGCACACGUGUGGCAUUUAUCGGUGUGCUUGGGAAAAAGGCCCAGCCCAACACUUCGUCACCCGGCGACAGGCGGCGGCGACCACCCCGGGGACUCCGAUGGCGACGGAGAAGGCGCGGCAGCUCCUGGCCCGCCUCGCCGCCACCCCGGACGCCGCCGUUCCUAACCUCCCCUUCCUCCACCGCGCACUCCUCCUCCCUCUCCUCUCCGCUGCCUCCGCUGCCUCCGCCCUCCUCCGCCUCCCCGUCAUCCUCUCCUCCUCUCCGCUACGCUCGCGACGGACCCUACCGGUCCCCGUCAUCAGCGUAGGGAACCUCACCUGGGGCGGCAACGGAAAGACACCCAUGGUCGACUUCCUGGCCCGCAGGUUUCACGCCAUGGGCGUCUCGCCACUCAUCCUAACAAGGGGUUAUGCGGGUGGCGAUGAAUCUAAGAUGCUUCGGAGGCGCCUUGCUGAUACUUCCACCAAGAUUGGUGUUGGCGCAAACCGGGCUGCUGUGGGUUCUUCCAUGUUGCAAAAGUAUGGCCAUGUCGAUCCUUGUGAUGCCUUCUGCCGGGAGAAGUUAGCGUGCAACCGGGUGGCAAGCGGUAAAAGUGCGAAAAUUGGAGUCGCUAUACUGGACGACGGAAUGCAGCACCGGAGCCUGCUUCGAGAUGUGGAGAUUGUGAUGGUCAAUGGGUUGACACCUUGGGGAAAUACCCAUUUCAUUCCACGAGGACCCAUGAGGGAACCGUUGAGCGCACUUACUCGAGCUGAUAUAGUGGUUAUUCAUCAUGCGGAUCUGGCUUGUGAAGCACAGCUGGAAACAAUUGCACGUACAGUCCAGGAUAGUGGCACAACAUGUUCAGUGUUCUUUAGUAAAUUGGCCCCAUCACAUAUUUUUGAGGUUCAUCAACCAUUACAGAGACUAUCUCUUAAUGUGUUGGAUGGCAUUAUUGUGCUAUGUGUUUCUGCGAUUGGCUGCCCAGAUGCUUUCAUACAUACAGUCAGAGAGAUCUCAGGUAUUAUUUCAACACUUUCAACUUUGAGAAGCUUCUUUCAGCUGAUGCCCACAGUCAUUAUUGGUCCACUUAAUGUUGAUAGGUUGGAUUUCAGUGAUCAUCAUUUCUUCAAUGAUUAUGACCUAGAAUUAAUUCAAGAAAGAGUGAGGCAGCUUGUCGAUCAACAUAACAAACAGACCGUAGUCUUAGUUACUGAGAAGGAUUACGACCGUGAUCCAGAUUUCCUUAGAAUGUUGGGCCUGAAGGUUUGGGUUCUGUCUUCUUCUUUGCAAAUUAUGCCCCUCAAGGAACAAGGAGAAGAUGAAUUGCUGAGGAAAUUAAAAGACAUUAUCACAGCAACUAGGCAUGUGGUCCAGCCAUGAGUUGCUGAUGAUCUGGUUAUAUCGGCUGGGCAUAUCUUGAAGCAAAAACAGUUUUCCAUUGGUCCUGUUAAUUCCGUAUAAUCUUAUAUCAGAUUUAUCUUGUUAAUUCAAAUCCUGUUUCAGCGUUUUGGAACAUGCAGUAUUUUAGUUUUUUUUUUCAACUGGGUCAGUGGUCUGAGCCUCCAGUUAACUUGAACUGGAUCUAACAAGAUAAUGAGGAGGGGAUUCCCGUCUAUUGUUCA